UAGAGCUGAAAGUGGUUUGCCAACGUCCUUAGAAAGAAGAACACAUUUCAUAAGCCCUUCCUUGCUCGGCUAACCUUCUUGUAGGUUACUUCCUCUCUGUCAGGGACACAGAAAACAUGCAGAGCUGUACACAGCUUUACCGUUCUCUGGCCACGCGAAGUCACCAUCUCACCUUCAAGCUCCAUGGAGCCACGGCGUUGUCUGUCAGAACAUAUGCUGACAAAGCAGAAAUCGACGCAGAUGUCACCGUGGUGGGUUCUGGUCCUGGCGGUUAUGUCGCAGCCAUCAAAGCAGCACAGCUUGGUUUUAAGACGGUAUGUGUUGAGAAAAAUGUCACACUGGGUGGGACCUGUCUCAAUGUUGGCUGCAUCCCCUCGAAGGCUCUGCUAAACAACUCUCACUUGUACAAGAUGGCACAUGGCAAAGACUUUGAGAGCAGAGGCAUUGAAAUUUCUGGAAUCUCAUUAAACCUGGAGAAGAUGAUGGCUCAGAAGAGCGGGGCAGUCAAAGCGCUGACUGGAGGAAUUGCACAUCUGUUUAAACAGAACAAGGUAACCCAUGUUAACGGUUUUGGUAAAAUAACUGGUAAAAAUCAAGUGACCGCCACUGCUGCAGAUGGCACCCAGCAGGUUAUCAACACUAAGAACAUUUUAAUUGCCACUGGCUCAGAGGUCACCCCAUUUCCUGGCAUCCAGAUUGACGAAGAGUCUGUUGUGUCAUCGACUGGAGCUCUGUCCCUAAACAAAGUGCCAGAGGAAAUGAUUGUAAUCGGAGCAGGAGUUAUUGGAGUCGAGCUGGGGUCAGUGUGGCAGCGUCUGGGUUCCACAGUAACAGCAGUGGAGUUCCUGGGCCAUGUAGGUGGCUUGGGCAUCGACAUGGAGAUCUCCAAGAACUUCCAGCGCAUCCUGCAGAAGCAGGGCCUGAAGUUCAAGCUGGGCACCAAAGUCCUGGGAGCCGCCAAGAGGCCUGAUGGCAAGAUUGAUGUGGCAGUCGAGGCAGCAGCUGGUGGGAAGAAUGAGACUCUGACUUGUGACGUGCUGCUGGUCUGCAUCGGCAGAAGGCCAUACACCGGGAACUUGGGUCUGGAAACUGUUGGUAUCGAGUUGGACAACAGAGGUCGUAUACCAGUAAACAACCGCUUCCAGACGAAAGUACAUGGCAUUCAUGCAAUUGGUGAUGUGAUCGCUGGCCCAAUGUUGGCCCACAAGGCUGAGGAUGAGGGCAUCAUCUGCAUCGAAGGCAUGGCUGGUGGUGCAGUGCACAUAGACUACAACUGUGUUCCCUCAGUCAUCUACACUCACCCUGAGGUGGCCUGGGUGGGGAAAACAGAAGAGCAGCUUAAGCAGGAGGGUGUCUCAUACAAAGUUGGCAAGUUUCCUUUUGCUGCCAACAGCAGAGCUAAGACCAACGCAGACACUGAUGGCCUCGUGAAGAUUCUAAGUCACAAGGAGACUGAUAGGAUGCUUGGAGCGCACAUCCUUGGAACAGGAGCUGGAGAGAUGAUCAAUGAAGCUGCGCUGGCCAUGGAGUAUGGUGCUUCCUGUGAGGACAUUGCCCGGGUCUGCCACGCACAUCCUACUGUGUCGGAGGCUUUUAGAGAAGCCAACCUGGCAGCAUCGUUUGGCAAAGCCAUCAACUUUUGAGGUGCCUGCGGACGCACACUGUCGUUGGACAUGGCGGUGGAGAAAUAAGAUGCUCACAGUCUGCAUCCAGACCUUCACUGACUUAAAACCACCUAUGAUCCCAUAUCCAUCACAUCGGCAUAAUUACAAUUAGUUUUAUGUUAUUUAAGUGUUCCAAAAACAAUAUUAAAAGGGGUUUUAUUGGUAAACAAAUGCUGACUUGUGUGAUACUGCUUUGUUUUCAGCGCAUACUUUAACGUUUCUGUAGGAGAAUUUUCUUCACCCGUUUUUGGAACAGGGAGAUGGACGAUAUUUUGAGGUGGUUGCAUUCUCUGCUAACCUAAGGAAACAAUGUGUUUGUUGGAGUUGUUUUUUUUACUAUGUGAAAGAAUUGUGAAAAGUCUAAUUGGAGCUGGAGCAGAAAUAUUUGCUAUAGAUUAAAACCUUUCUAUUGUGUCACAGAUAUUUUACAAAAGUCGUCUCUAUGUUUGCACCCGUUCCCCACAUGUAAACAACACAUUUUUCCAAAAUGUUGUCUUCUCCACAACUCUGUUUCGGUCAUUAUUGACUCUGUUUAGAAAGAGAACUAUUGGAGAGGCCUUUCCUGAUUGGGUUGUUGACUACGAUUGCUCUUCUCAUCCAAACCAAUAAAUACAGUUCCAUACA